AAAAUGUUUAUCAAUAGAAAAUUGUAAUACUACAGAUACAGCAAAUAUUGUUUUAAAUGAUUGUCAUAUUAAUGAUCCAGAAGCACAAUGUGGAGGUAAAAAUCAACAAUGGAAAGUUGAUUUAUCUCAACAAACUAUUAUUUCUCAAAUGGAUGAAAAAUGUUUGGAUGUAUAUAAUUUUGAUGGACCUAAUGUUGAUGUAUAUGCAUGUAAUAAACAAGAUAAUCAAGCAUGGAUAUGGAAUACAACCGAUGGAACUCUACAAAGUAAACACAAUGGUGAAUGUUUAGCUUUAAUACCGGAACUAGAAAUAUGGGCAGGUCCAUUAUCAGAUGGUUCACAAGCUGUACUUUUAUUGAAUCGAGGUGAUAUUGGAAGUGAGCCAAUUACUGUUAAAUGGAGUGACAUUGAUUUUCCUAUGGAUCAUUCAGCUGUUGUUCGAGAUUUAUGGGCUCGACAAGAUUUAGGAACAUUUACUGGUAGUUAUACAUCACCAAAUAUCGAUCAUCAUGGUGUGAUGAUGUUAAAAAUUACUCUUACUAAAUAG